CUCGGCCCCGCCCCACUCGCCACACACAUUAUACGUAGUGGUUUUUUGGAUAGAGUAACACUCACCAAAUCGUUUUUGAGCUGAAAAAGGGUUUCUGGAAUUCAGUCUGGAACGAUGUGAGGUGAGAAGCUCUAUUGGGGUCACAGCACCAAAACAGUUGGAAGCUCAGAAGUGAAGACCAGGAGACUCUUGUGUAUAUUCAGUAGGACUCUUUAUUGAGAAUGUGCCGCGUGGCUCUGCAGUCAACAAAAAUCUAGCUAAGUUAGUGAUACAUUGUAGUUUAUAUACAUUUGUUUUAAAGGAUGUUAACAUUGAUAACAAGGGACAGAAUGCACAUGAAAAAGCACAAUACACACACACACACACACACUAUGUUGCCUAGGACUUUUGUAAUGCUUUCCUGACGGGCCUUCCUGCAUGUACUAUCAAGCCUCUACAACUAAUGCUUUGUGCUGUUUUUACAUUUAACCAGGUGACUGUGUCGUGACAAACUGAUUGUUUAAAAUGGACUCUGAGUGUAUUUGUAGUUUGACACACUGAUGAAGGCUUGUUAGUCACAAUGCUACAGUGUAUGUAAAUACAUGAGAAUAAAGGAUUUUUAUUUUUCACAAUACUUCUGAAUGCCUUGGAGUUAAGUGUUUUGGAGUUGUGUUUUUUUAUUUAGUUUGUUUGCUUGCUUGCUUUUUUUUUAUGAUGAUGAAUUAAGAAAUUCUGCACCCAAAUAUAACCUAUUUAUGGACUGUAUAUCCUAGUAGCAUAUUUUUUUUUUUUUUUUUUUUUUUUUAUUCUUCAUAAUAACUUUUGUGCUCCGCAGAAGACAAAAUAAAACGGACAGACAGAAAAACAACAUUGCAACAUUGCUUUUUGUUAGUUUCCUCUUCAGAUUUGCUAACAUGUAAGAAAUGAGUUGUGAAACCAGAUCUGUUCUGCUUUCCUUCAUUUUAAGUGUCACAAACUGCUCUAUUAAAAAUUAAUAGAUUUUAUACAUUUUGAAAUUAGGGAUAUAUUCUUUAAUAUUUGUAAGAAAUUUUUACAUAUUACACUUUUCAUCAAAGACAAUUACAAACUCAGAACAUUAGAACGUAUAUAGUUGUAAGACCUCGUUUUCUCUUGGAGAGUUAACAGACUUUGUGAAACUGUUGAUGAAACUGUUGCAAGAUCCUUUCUUAAUUUAUACAGAGGAAGUGUUAUCCAGUAGUAGCUUGGGUUGACUGCAGAUAGUUUUUUCCACUAAUACAUUUCUUUGCCUUUGUUUUUGGAUAGAAGUCCUUUAUCAUGAACAGGACCCCUGCACUCUGUCCACGGACAAUGAUGGUAACCAAUAGUCCUCUUUAUCAUCAUAUCUUAUCCAGUGAAAAUGGGACAUUGGAUGAUGAGCCGGAUACUGAUACACCAUAUGACUAUUAUGACUACUACGCUGGAUAUGUCGAUUUGUCUGGAUUUUCCUGUGUUUAUGAAGAUCAUGGAGCUAGCAUUCUUCCUGUGCUAUACUCCCUGUUUUUUGUGAUGGGCCUUCUGAGUAACACAAUGGUGAUCUGGGUGGUAUUGAUGGGUGUGAAGCUGAGAAGUAUGACUGACAUCUGUCUUCUGAACCUGGCUUUAGCUGACAUGCUCUUGGUCUGCUCCCUCCCCUUCCUGGCACACUAUGCCAGAGACCAGUGGAUUUUUGGAGAUGUUAUGUGCACUAUGGUCCUCAGUGUCUACCACAUUGGAUUCUAUAGUGGAAUAUUCUUUAUCGUACUGAUGAGUGUUGAUCAGUACUUAGCUGUAGUUCAUGCUGUGUUUGCCCUGAAAGUCAGAACAAGGACAUAUGGGAUCUCAGCAAGUGUGGUCACAUGGAUUGUUGCUGUUUCUGCAUCCUUUCCCGAAUUGAUGCACCUAAAAACCACAGAAAACAAUCAAAAAAAAUAUUGCAUAUCUUGCCCAACAAAUGAUCAAAAUUCUUACCUUUCUUCAAGGACUUUUGGUAUCUUGAAAAUGAAUGUCUUGGGUUUAAUUCUACCUCUUAUUGUGAUUGGAUUUUGUUACUCAAUGAUUUUAAAGAGACUCUUGACAGCUCAUUCUACCAGGAGGCAGUCCAUGCUCCUUGUCAUCAUGGUGAUGGUGGUCUUCUUAUGCUGUUGGGCUCCAUACAAUAUCACAGCUUUUGUGAAAGCCUUAGAACUGAAUGAGCUCAUAACUCAAUCUUGUGACAGGAGUAAGGCAAUCAAUCUAAGUCUGCAAAUUACAGAAGCUUUGGCUUAUUCACACAGUUGCCUAAACCCCAUUUUUUAUGUGUUUGUGAGAGAGAAAUUUAGAAGGCAUCUUUUCAAACUCCUGUACAGGACACCUUGGACUAGACUACCAUUUGUAAAGAAAUACAUUACACAGGCCACUGUAUCUGUUUAUUCACAUGGCACCAAUGAUGAGAGAACUAGUACAACAGUUUAAAUUUGAAAAAGACAGUCAAAAAUAUUUUUUUUAAGCAGGGUAGUCCUGCAACUGUGCAACUGGUGCGCCCAAAACAUAAUUCCUUAUAAUGCAUAUAGGCGGGGGCCAAGAUGGCGUCUUGCUGAGUAGAUCUGUUAUUUGCACCUGUUCUAGUUAGGGGAGGAUUUUUUUGGUCAACGGGUCAUUAUUUUGCCCCUAUGGCGGAUGAUUUUAUUCAUUAAAAGCUGCAAAACAAAAGCUAGAUCCCGCCUUUGAAUUUAAUGGGCAAAAAAAAAAAAACAGUUAAUAGGAACCUGCUUGCCACGUGGAAUUUGGACAGUCUGAUGUCUUGUGAAUCUCUUGAACAAAACAUGGAUGUCUCCAUGCCUGAAUCCGGAGAAACCUCCCUAAGAUCACAAGAUAAGUUUGAAAAGGAUUUUGACGGAUGUGCUACACCCAGCAAAAGUCCUCCUGGAAAAAAGAAAAAAGCUGAUAGUGCUGUAUCACUUACCAAGAUAUUCGACGCAAUUCAGUCCCUGAACUCCAAGCAAGACGCGGUUUUUCAAAAGAUAACUCACAUCGAGAACUCCAUUGAGAUCACAACUGCGGCUGUUAACUCUUUAUCUGACACCGUCAAUCGACUCCUUUCAGAUGUUGCCACUCACGGCGAAAGGAUCGGUAAGGCCGAAACUUCGAUACAACACAUGCAACAGGAGAAUGUAUCUCUCAAGUCUAGAGUCGAAGAGCUAGAAAGAUACAGCUGCAGAUGGUGUUUGAAAUUGCUUGGAGUGAAAGAACGUGACGAAGAAAAUGUCUGAACGAUCACCAUCAAUCAUCUUGCCAGGGUGGUCCCGCGAAUCAAAGAUAAGCUGGAGGAGGCUAUGGAUGUGGUCCAUCGUGUAGGCAAACAACGACCAGAUGGCUCGCCGAGACACAUCAUCAUUAGAUUCGCCACACGGAGGUACUGCGACAUCUUAUGGAUGGAAGCUAAGAAUUCUCUCUAUCUGAGAGAGAGCACACUCUCUAUGUAAAGGAAUCCAAAGCGGACAUUGACAGUCGGAAUAAACUUUGGCCCCUUGUCCUGGCGGCACAGAAGGAGGGAAAGCACAGCAUCCGUAAACUGACUACAGUUUUCCGGUCACGUUCGAUUAAUUUUUUUUCUGCACGUUUGCCCAGUUAUAUCGUUUACUUUCUUCUAAGGGCUUUUCGACCUUAAUAUACUACUAAUUUCCAGAUCCUUCUUAAAGGAAACAGCGUUAGUUACAGAACUUUCAUGUUAGGUGUUCAAUAGCUACACUUUGUGGUUGUCAUUUUCGUUUUCUUUCUUUUUCCCUCUCAUAAUUUAUCACACCUUUAUU